CCUGAAUGUUAAGAAGGGACGACCAUAGUGCUGAAAGGGUUAAGAGCAGCCAGGUAUACCGUUCACUGCCUUCCCUUCCUCGCGACGGCUGUAUCACGCUCAUCUCUUGUUGCAGAUGGUGCUGGUGGGUAGCGGCUGUGCUGUGGCGGCUACGUGAGGUGUCAAUGUCUCGGGGUGGUGCUCUGCCGCUCGUCUCGUCAGCAAAGUGUAAGACUGCCGUGCGUGGGCGUCCAAGCAGCCACGCGGAAGGUCGUUAUGGUGACCUUUACCUGUGCUGUGUCCCUAUGACCUUUCAGGUUUUGCUGAAGAUGAGGACGGGGAUCUGCAAAAUUUUCCUGUGUAAUAAGCAAGACAACAAAUGGACUGCAGGGUAAAGGUAACCGUUUGAUUGCUAUUUGAAUGCGUGCAGUUAAAAAUUUCA